CAUGACGUCAUGACGUUGGUCUCGUGACUCGAUUCAACAGCUGUUAGCGUCCUGCACGAUUUUUCCUGAGCUUGCUAUUUAUUUGUCUUUGUAAACUUCCCAAACGCUUCCAGCCGAAUGAAGAUGUUGUCUCGUUUGCUGAAGGAGCACCAGGCGAAGCAAAACGAGAGGAAGGAGCAGCAAGAAAGGCGUCGCCGUGAAGCUAUUUCCGCAGCCACCUGCCUUACGGAAGCCUUGGUGGACCAUCUCAACGUCGGCGUGGCCCAGGCAUAUGUCAACCAGCGCAAACUGGACCAUGAAGUGAAAACAUUGCAAGUCCAAGCCGGUCAGUUUUCUAAGCAGACAGCACAGUGGAUCAGCAUGGUGGAGGGUUUCAAUCAGGCCCUGAAGGAAAUUGGUGACGUGGAGAACUGGGCCCGGAGCAUCGAGAUGGACAUGAGAACCAUCGCCACGGCAUUGGAGUACGUGCACAAGGGUCAGCCUCAGUCAGCCCCGUCCUAAAGACUUUAUCAGAGCUGGAAGAAUGCCACUGACAACCGUAAAGUGACGAUAAGGUACAACACGUGAAUGUGUCGAGGUUAAAAUGUGAACCCUGGCAGCUUGCUUUUUUUAUCUGUCGGCUCACAUUAGUGUUUGCUUAUUUAUAAAAAUUUAUGUAAGAAGCACUACUGAAAAAUUGGAUGAUGAUUUCCAUCCUCGUGUACUGUUAUAGUAAGACAGCCUCAUUUCUUGAAUAA